CUUAUGUAAGGGCAGAGGCGGGGCCGGCACUGCUGUGGCGACGGCAGCAGGACAGCCAUGUCCUGGUACCGCAACACCGUCUGGUUCGUGAAGGGGCUGCGGGAGUACACGAGGUGCGGCUAUGAGUCUGCAUCCAGGCACUUCAAUCCAGACGAUGUGGAGGUGAACGUGGCUGGGAGAUCCUUUCUGGUCACUGGUGCCAACAGUGGCAUUGGCAAGGCCACAGCCACAGAGAUAGCGAGGAGAGGUGGCACGGUUCAUCUGGUUUGCCGGAGCGAGGAACGGGCUGAGGCCGCCAGGCGAGAGAUAGCGGCGGAAACCGGCAACCAGAAUCUUUUCCUGCACAUUUUGGAUAUCUCUAACCCCAAGGAGAUCUGGAAGUUUGCUGAAAAGUUCAAAAAUGACCACAAAUUGCAUGUGUUGAUCAACAAUGCAGGAUGCAUGGUGAAUAACAGAGAAUUAACUGAAGAUGGGCUUGAAAAAAACUUUGCAACAAACACUCUGGGUACAUACAUUUUGACAACUGCCCUGCUGCCCCUCCUGGAAGAAGCAGCUGAUGCCAGGGUGAUAACUGUCUCUUCUGGGGGCAUGCUGGUUCAAAAACUAAACCUCUCUGACCUGCAGUCGGCAAACGGGGCCUUUGAUGGAACUAUGGUGUAUGCACAAAACAAGAGGCAGCAAGUGGUCCUGACAGAACAGUGGGCAAAGGCUCACAGGAACAUCCAUUUCUCUGUGAUGCACCCUGGCUGGGCAGACACUCCAGCUGUGAGAUCAUCAAUGCCAGAUUUCUACGAGAGGAUGAGGAGCAGCCUGCGCACAGAGGCCCAGGGAGCUGAUACCGUGGUGUGGUUGGCAGUGUCCUCCGAAGCAGCGAGGUUCCCAAGCGGCUUGUUCUUCCAAGACAGGCAACCAGUCAGUACACACCUACCCCUGGCAAGCACCCACAGCCCACCAGAGGAGGAGGAGAAGCUAAUGGAGGUGCUGGAAGAAUUCUCCCAGAAGUUCAGAUCCACUGCUGCAGGAACUUAGUGCCGCUGCUGGCCGAACGU